AUGAAGACCACCAACACCCUCGUGCUCUUGGCUGCCGCCAUUGACAGCUCCCGCGCGGCUCCCGCCCCGAAUACGGGGUUGAAGUUCAGCGCCGAGACAACCCACGUGUCUAGCCCCCAUGUUGUUCACGAUAUGCGGCGCGUCGUACGCAAGUUCCUCGACCAGGCUACCGUGAAGGCUUUACAGUCGGCCGUCCUGAGCGAACGAGGAGAGAAUGGCACCGUCGUCACCAUCCCCGAGCCCAAUGACGAAGGCGUGGACAACCUAUACCUCACCGAGGUCAGCAUCGGAACGCCUCCGCAGAAGCUCAUGCUCGACUUUGACACAGGGUCCAGCGAUCUAUGGGUAUUCAGCAGCGACACCAGCGCCAGCCAGGUCAAGGGCCAGACGCUCUACAAACCCAGCGGCAGCUCUUCCGCCAAGCGGCUGGAUGGACAGAAGUGGUCCAUCCACUACGGCGAUAACAGCACCUCCAGCGGCAUCGUAUACUCUGAUAUCGUCACUAUAGGCGGCGUUUCGGUAGAAAACCAGGCCGUCGAGUCCGCCCAGCAAGUGUCAGAGUCCUUCAGCAGUGAUAGGCAGAACUCGGGCCUCCUCGGCCUUGCCUUGGACAAGGGCAACACGGUCCGCCCGAGCAAGCAGAAGACAUGGUUCUCCAACAUCAUGCCCCGGCUGUCCGAGCCUCUCUUCACCGUGCGGUUGAGACACCAGGCCAGUAAGUCAUCCCUGCCCCGACGUCCUCCUGUUCCUACCGCCAUGUUGGUGGCUUCGCUAACGCCACUCGCAGAGGGCUCUUACAACUUUGGCUACAUUGACGAGUCCCAAUACUCUGGCCCCAUUAGCUACACGCCCGCGUCGACCGACGAGCUUGGCCACCGGCUCUUCCAGUCUACCGGCUUUGCUGUCGGCAACGGCAAUUUCAAGAAACACACCAUCACCGGCACCGCAGACACUGGUACAUCGCUUCUCAUCCUCCCUCUGGGGGUUGCCAAAGCGUACUGGGAUGCUGUUCCCAGCGCCCAGCCAGCUCGCCUCCCGCAAAAUGCCGGUUACGUUUGGCUCUUCCCGUGCGACACUACCCUGCCGGACUUUGUCUUUGCCGUUGGUUCGGGGAGAGUGACUGUCCCCGGCAAGGACAUCAACUACGCCAAGAAUGAAGGCUCUAGCUGCGUGGGCGGCAUUGCAUACUACAGUGGCCUGAAUGGCCUGGCCAUCUUUGGUGAUGUUUCUCUCAAGUCUGCGUUUGUCGUCUACGACGAUGGCCAGAAUCGUCUCGGUUGGGCCAAGGGCCUGUAG